CUCUUCUUCCAUAGAGUAGGUCGGUCCAAGAGAUUUCUCCACUCCCAAGCUGCUUCACCUGACAAAAAAGGAUUGAUUUUUCAAUCCAUCUCCCCUCUUCGGCUCUUCUUCCCAAAAUCUCCACGAGCUCCCCUCCCCAGCAGAUCCCCAGCCGUUUCCUCCCAGUCCCAGAAUCCGGUGGGCUCUCUCUCCGGUUCAACCCCCCCCCCCCCCCCCCUCUCCUCUCUCUCGGGGCCUUUCGCGGCGACGACUGGGCGAGCGGCGCCAUCCUAAGCGAUCUUCGUCGGCGCCAGUGCCGGCGACGAGUAUCCACCAGUUAAGGUGUGCCCACGGAGAUGACGAGGGCGGGGGUGGGUGGUGUUCUUGCCUUGGUGGUUUUGGCUUGUGCGCUGGGAGCCAGAGCUGAUGGCUCUGAUCACAAGUACAAGGACGGGGAUCAUGUCCCGCUCUACGCGAACAAAGUCGGUCCUUUUCACAAUCCAAGUGAGACAUAUCGGUACUAUGAUCUGCCCUUUUGUGCACCAGAACAUCCGAAGGACAAAAAGGAAGCUCUUGGAGAGGUUCUGAAUGGUGAUCGGUUGGUUGAUGCACCAUAUGAGUUGAACUUCAAGGAAGACAAGAACUCCAAAAUUCUCUGCAAGAAAACAUUGACAAAGGAGCAAGUUGCGAAGCUCCGGGAUGCAGUUGCCAAGGAUUACUACUUCCAGAUGUACUAUGAUGAUUUGCCUUUAUGGGGAUUCCUUGGUAAAAUGGACAAGGAUAGAGAGCAAGGAGAUGCUAAAUACCUACUGUUUAAGCACAUCCACUUUGACAUCAUGUACAAUGAUAACCGUGUCAUAGAAAUCAACGUCCAAACUGAUCCUAAUGUAGCUGUUGAUAUCACAGAGGAUAAGGAAGUGCCAAUAGAGUUCUCUUAUUCAGUGACAUGGAAAAAGACAGAUAUUCCUUUUGAGAAAAGAAUGGAAAAGUACUCCAAGUCUUCCUCUAUGCCACAACAUCUUGAGAUCCAUUGGUUUUCCAUAAUUAACUCAUGCGUCACGGUACUCCUCCUUACUGGUUUCCUGGCUACAAUCUUGAUGCGUGUGCUCAAGAAUGAUUUCAUCAAGUAUUCUCAUGAAGAUGAGUCCCUUGAAGACCAAGAAGAGACUGGAUGGAAGUAUAUACAUGGCGAUGUCUUCCGUUUCCCGAAGCAAAAGUCCCUUUUUGCAGCAAUUAUUGGAUCUGGAACUCAGCUUCUUGCCCUUGCGUUUUUCAUCUUCCUCCUCGCACUUGUUGGUGUCUUCUACCCAUACAACAGGGGAGCUCUUUUCACUGCCCUUGUUGUCAUAUAUGCCCUUACAUCCGGUAUUGCUGGAUACACAGCCACUUCCUUCUAUCUGCAACUGGAGGGAACAAACUGGGUGAGGAAUCUGAUAUUCACUGGCUGCUUGUUCUGUGGGCCUCUCUUCUUGACAUUCUGCUUCCUAAACACUGUUGCGAUAGCGUACAGUGCUACAGCAGCUUUGCCUUUUGGCACAAUCAUUGUCAUUAUUCUGAUCUGGGCACUUGUGACAUCUCCACUCCUUGUGUUGGGUGGUAUUGCUGGGAAAAAUAGUAACACAGAAUUUCAAGCUCCCUGCCGCACAACCAAAUACCCAAGGGAAGUCCCCCAACUUCCAUGGUACCGAAGCACCAUUCCUCAGAUGGCAAUGGCAGGGUUCCUCCCUUUCAGUGCUAUUUACAUUGAGCUGUACUACAUAUUUGCUAGCAUAUGGGGGCAUAAGAUCUACACCAUCUAUAGCAUCCUUUUCAUUGUGUUCAUUAUCCUCAUCAUCGUCACAGCCUUUGUCACAGUGGCACUCACAUAUUUCCAGCUUGCUGUUGAGGAUCACGAGUGGUGGUGGAGGUCUGUCCUGUGUGGAGGCUCCACCGGCAUAUUUAUCUUUUUCUACUGCAUCUACUACUACCAUGCCCGGUCCGACAUGUCAGGCUUCAUGCAGACAUCGUUCUUCUUUGGCUACAUGACCUGCGUCUGCUACGGCUUCUUCCUCAUGCUAGGCACCGUCGGUUUCCGCGCAUCACUCUUCUUUGUGCGGCACAUCUACCGCUCCAUCAAGUGCGAGUAAACCUAGAUUUGCUGGCACCGACCAUAGCUGUUGCUGGGGCUGCUUCUGAUCCAAGUGGAGAAACCGUCACCGGAUGGAUUUUGCCUGAAUUUUCUGCCCCGAGUCCCAAUAUGAACCUCUGGCACACAGUUUUUCCUGUUGACCUUUCUAUCUUGCAGCUCCCUGGAAGGAGGAUGUAGUGUAGGUAGGCAUGAUAGCUGAUGUUAUAUUGACAUGUCUGUAUUAUCUAUCUACUCUUAUUCUAUGUAGCCAAGUGUUACCCUGUGAUGUUCUUCCUGAAUCCUGUGCUGCUCGCUAGAAUACUGCACUAUGGUAGCUAGAAUUUUGCACAGGAAGGGUUUGGAUGCAAAGACGUGGAGAGUCUCGUUUUUUUGAAGGACUGACCAA